GGCCGGACAGAAUCCAAUAAUACUGGUUAGUUUCAGGGCAUACUGAAAGCCCGUAAAAGCUACAGGUCUAGGGAGAAGAGAAGGUAGAGAAAAUCGAGAGAAAAAGAAAAGCCAUUUCAACCAGACAAAGAGAAAGUAACCAAAAUAACUUUCCUCAAAAAUAAAAUAAAUAAAUAAAUUCUCUCUUUUAUGUAGAAGAGAAGAUGAUGUUUGUAUCGUGCCAUCCAGUUCCUAUCCUCCCCCUCUUCUCUGUUUCUGUUCUCUUUUUUUAAUCCAUGUCUGCAAUAUUUCUCAUCUCUCCAUCCUUUCCCUUGCCUUAUUUUUACCAACUCUGGAUUUCUUUAUGAACAGUUUGGUUCUGAUGAGCUGAUCUGCUGCUCAUCCUGGGUAUUUUUUCCGUCUUUGUAGAUUUUUUUUCCUCCCUCAAAACACUAUGAGGAGAGGAAGGGGAGGAGGCGCCACCACUAUUGCAGCUGAGCAGGUCGUGGAACCAAACAGAUCUGCACCUCAGAAUAUCAUCAAUGGUAAAGAGCCCAAAUACAGAGGAGUCCGGAAAAGGCCAUGGGGAAGAUACGCCGCUGAGAUCAGAGAUCCCCUGAAAAAGACGAGGGUCUGGCUGGGUACCUACGACUCUGCCGAGGACGCUGCUCGUGCAUACGAUGCCGCAGCUCGCACCUUCCGCGGACCCAAAGCCAAAACCAAUUUUCCCAUUCCUGCCUCCCAUUUAUCCCCUUUUACCAACCAAAAUUUCCCAGACUCGUUCAUGGAUCAUAGGAUAUACACAACAAAUGGGUUUGAAGAGCAUCACGUAAAUGCUCAAAGACCCACAUCUAGCAGCUUGAGCAGUACUGUGGAGUCAUUCAGCGGUCCUAGACCACCACUGCAGCAGCCAAAAGCAAUAAAGUCGAGUGCUCCGUUGGCAGCGGCGGUUGCUCCGAGGAAACACCACCCUCGGACUCCACCAGUUGUGCCGGAAGACUGUCACAGCGAUUGUGAUUCGUCAUCUUCGGUGGUUGACGACGGAGAUAUUGCAUCGUCGUCGUCUUUGUGCCGGAAGCCCUUGCUGUUGGAUCUGAAUUUCCCACCGUUGGAUGAGGUUGCCUUCGGCAGUGAUGAUCUCCAUUGUACUGCUCUAUGGCUUUAAUGAUUACUAUUAAAACUAAUCAUGUUUUUUUUUGGGUUGUUAGUAUUGUUAUCUUAUUUAUUAUCAUGCGGGAUUAAAAGAAACAGAAGAGAGUGAAAUUGGAUUAGGUGAAAAACAAAAUUGAUGUUAAUCCAGUAUGAGCGUGCACGCAAGGUGUUUGAUGAGAAAUCAAUUUGUGCUAAUAUUUUUUACUGGAUGGGUGUAUGGCAAUUGACACUUUGAUUCUUCUUUU